AUGGGCAAGUUAGACGUUGCAAUAUUGCGUUAUUUAACAGCUGAAGACUUUCGCGUCUUAACCGCAGUGGAAAUGGGUAUGAAAAACCAUGAACUUGUGCCUGGAUCUCUGGUGGCAUCUAUAGCUAACCUCCGUCAUGGUGGAGUGCACAAACUAAUGAAAGAUUUGUGUAAACAUCGAUUGUUGACAUAUGAACGUGGUAAACACUAUGAUGGGUACCGUCUCACAAACUCUGGUUACGACUAUCUUGCUCUGAAAGUUCUGACAAACAGAAAAGUUAUUGCUUCAUUUGGCAACCAGAUUGGUGUGGGAAAGGAAUCUAACAUUUACACAGUAGCUGAUGAAGACCGCAAUCCAUUAUGUCUGAAGCUUCACAGACUGGGCCGCACAUGUUUCCGCAACAUAAAAGAUAAAAGAGACUACCAUGCACACCGCAACAAGGCAUCCUGGCUGUACCUGUCCCGUAUAUCAGCAACCAAGGAGUUUGCAUAUAUGAAGGCCUUGUAUGACAGAGACUUCCCUGUUCCCAAGCCUAUUGACUUCAACAGACAUUGUGUUGUGAUGCAGCUGGUGACUGGUGGACCAUUAACUCAUGUAUCUUCAGUGGAAGACCCUGAAUCCUUAUAUGAUGAGCUGAUGAACUUGAUAGUGAGACUUGGCAACUGCGGUGUCAUCCAUGGAGACUUUAAUGAGUUCAACAUAAUGAUUGAUGAAGACAAUCAUCCUGUCAUCAUUGAUUUCCCACAGAUGGUCUCCACUUCACAUCCUAAUGCUGAGCUUUACUUCGAUCGGGAUGUUCGCUGCGUCCGCGAGUUCUUCAAAAAACGCUUUGGUUACGAGAGCGACCUUUAUCCGAAGUUCAGCGACCUCGAGCGAGAUGACGAGCUUGAUACAGAGAUCGCUUGUUCAGGAUACAAACGAACCAAGGAUGUUGAUAAUGAGCUGCUUCAGGAAAUGGGCAUAGGUCUUGAAUUCAGUGAUGAUGAAUCAGAAUCUGAUGAUGAUGAAGAAGAAGAAAAGAGUAACAAGAUGACAGAACAAGAGUUAGAUGACCUUAGGAAAGAGGUGGAUGAGUCAAUACUGAAUGAUGAACGCCCAGUACAUCAACUCACAACAAAAACAUUUAAACUAAAAAUAGCAGGACCAGAACAAGACAAUGAAAACGACAUCAAAAAGGAUGAGGAAGAAGAAAUACCAGAACUUGUAGAUCCAACAGAAGAAACAUCUGAUUCAGAUCUAGACAAAAACUCACAGAAAUACAGACUUGCGAUGAUCGAAAAAGCAUUGUCAGAUGUAAGAUCAAUGAGGACAUAUUCGUCAGCAAGUACGAUAGCGCCAGAAAUCGUGAAGCAGCAAGUAAAGAAGAAUCUGGAAAUGCAACGGAAGAAGAUGGAAAGGAAGAAGGCGAUAGCUAAAGGAGAAGCGAGUGCCGUCACCAGACAGAGGAGAGAUAAUAGAGAAACUAUCAGAGAGAGCCAUGGGCUAUGGGGAUGGGAUGAAUAA